GACGUAUGCAACACGGAAGUGCUGUUAUGAGCUUUAGCCAGCUGUAACAGAGAGGAUCACAGUGGUUUUAAAAUGUUUUGCAGCGCUCUGUUUAUCUCUGCAAGACAGAAGAUACACGUCGUCUAACAUGGACCCACGCUGAGGAUCCGUUCCCAUCGAUUUAGCAAGUAUUGCUUUGCUGGAAAGGGGAAUCACUUGAAUGAAUCAGAUCUAAUGAAUCAGUGGAUGUUGACUUGGAUAAUGAAAGUACAUUUACUGCCGUUGUUUAGAAUAUACAUCCAAUAAUCGGCAAGAAAUUACACUUUAAAAUGUGAACAAAAUAGUAAUGAUUUAUGGUUUAUUUCAUUAGUGGGCUAGUCAUUGCAUUCAGUUGAUUUUAAUUAUAAAGGACAGCUACAUCACUCAAAGAUGGAUGAAGUGAUUCUGGAUCAGAUCCUGUAUGUUGCUCAGCAAGUGGUGUCUUGGAUCGCAUCUUUUGCCAUCAUAUUUGGAGGAGUUGUGCCAUACAUCCCUCAGUACAGGGACAUCCGCAGGACCCAGAAUGCUGAGGGAUUCUCCACUUAUGUGUGCCUGGUGCUGCUGGUUGCCAACAUAUUAAGAAUACUGUUUAGGUUUGGACGUUACUUUGAGACCCCGCUGCUGUGGCAGAGUAUAAUCAUGAUCAUCACAAUGUUAAUCAUGCUGAACCUGUGCACCAGCGUCCGCAUGGCCACUGAACUCAACACCAAACGCCGCUCCUUCACAGCAACAGACAGUAAGGAUGAAGAAAUCAAAGUUCCUAAGAGGCUCUUUCUGGACUUUGACUGGAACUACUUCUGGUCUUGGAGUCGUUUUGUGGAUUACCUGCAGUGUGUGCUGGCGUUCACUGUGCUGGCCGCCUACGUGACGUAUCUGCUGCUGGACUCAGUUCUGUUCGUAGAGAGCCUGGGUUUUCUGGCCGUAUUCACAGAGGCCAUGCUGGGAACCCCACAGCUCUACUGCAACUACCAGAACAAAUCUACUGAAGGCAUGAGUAUUAAGAUGGUGUUGAUGUGGACUAGUGGAGACACUUUCAAGACCGGCUACUUCCUGUUGACUCAGGCUCCUAUGCAGUUCUGGAUCUGCGGCCUCCUUCAGGUGUGCGUGGACUGCACCAUUCUCUUCCAAGUGUACUACUACAGCCGCUACCCACAGAAACCCAUCUCACACAUCACACACACCACCAGCGCCAAGGCCCUAUGAAACACCCUCGCUUCACAGAAUGUGCUCAAAUCUAUUACAAUGCAUACAUACAGCAUCUUUAUACAGUGUCCCCAAAACAUAUUUGGAUAAGUGAUACACUUAGCCACACUUAAAUAUGUCUGAAUGUCAUUGUAUUAGAUGCACAACAUCAAACUAUGAUGUUAGAUUUUUCUAUUACAAUUAAACUUCAAUUUUCUUAUCUUUACUUGAAAUUAAUGCCACGUUUAGUAUAUUUUUUGGUGGUUGUGGGGGGUAAUGUAAUGAAAUGACAUUCAUACAUUAAGUGUUGCUUGAAUAGUUCACCCAAAAAUGAAAAUUUGCUGAAUAUGUACUCACCCUCAAACCAUUCAAGAUGUAGAUGAGUUUGUUUCUUCAUCAGAUUUGGAGAAAUGUAGCAUUACAUCACUUGCUCACCAGUGGAUCCUCUGUAGUGAAUGGGUGCCGUCAGAAUGAGUCACUCAUGAUGAUUUUUUUCUUACAAACACAGUUUUUCACUUCACAAGAUGUUAACUGGAGUGGUGUGGAUUAUUGUGAUGUUUUUAUCAGCUGUUUGGACUCUCAUUCUGAUGGCACCCAUUCACUGCAGAGGAUGCACUGGUGAGCAAGUGAUGCAAUGAUACAUUUCUCCAAAUAUGUUCUGAUGAAUAAACAGAUAAAACUAAUCUACAUCUUGGAUGUUUUAAGGGUGAGUACAUUUUCAUUGUUAGGUGAACUAUUUCAUGAAAUGUUCUGAUUUUUGGAGCCACUGUAUAAAUGUACAUUGAACCAAACUUUACAUGCAAUAUCAUAAAGAUAUGCAGUUAUAUUUACACAUUUAUACAAGCCAGCCCAAGGUAACCAUCAUGCUUUUGAAAACUUUUGCCUUACAGACUCUCAGAAUGACCUGAAAUGUAUCUGACAUCAGAUGGACGAAUGUACAAAGCUUUUGUUAUAAGAGAUUAAUACAGUCAAUGCUGUUUUAUUUGGAGAAGACUGGUUUUACCUCAGUAGCCCGCUGUGGUGUUUCCCACAGUGAAGAGCACAGGAGAGCCCUGUGAAUUUUUGAACCAAAAAAUAAAAUAAAAUACCCUCUCUCCUUUUGGUAGUAGGAGACAAUCCUCAUACAGUUCACAAAUCCACAUGACUUGAUGGAAAUGUCUUCCCCAAAUGUUAUUUUUGGAGAUAUGUAUAGCAAUCCUAGUUCAUUUACAUGCAAUCAGUUCAGUUAGCACGAGAAAAUAUGAAGUCACUGUAUUCAUAUACUGACUUUUGACCUCUUUAAGAAAGUUUGACUUAAAGUACAGUAUUUGCGGCACGUUGGGGGUUCAUUAAAAGAUUUAUGACCUCAAGGCCAAGUGCUUCAAACAUCCAGUCAACCUUCAGUCCUGAAUAUGACAAUACACUGCAAAAAAUCACUUUCUUUAACAGUAUUUGCUUUUUUCCAGUAAAAGUUUUAUGUAUUUUAUAAAAGUUUGAUGAUGAUGAUGAUUAUUAUUAUUAUUAUUAAUAAUGAUAAUAAUUGUACUGCAUUAUGUUUUGGCUUAUGCUUAAAGAUUGAAGUAUGGUUAAAUUUUUACUUGACAAAAAGACAAUUAGUAUUGUAAAGAGAAUUUUUUUUACCUGACGAUCCUUAAAACAGGAUAUGUUUACAUACAGUAACAGUAACGUUUUUUUUUUUUUUUUUCAAAUGUUGGAGAAUAUGUCUUUU